CUGUCGCCCAGCGUUUCUCUGGAGGGAAGCUGGGGAGGCUUUGGCGACUUGGGAGACCAUUUAUUUCUAAUUCAACUGGGCAGUUCACAAAGUUGGGACUAACUAUUUGAAGAUUCAAGCUUCAUUGCUACCUGGAUAUAUCGCAGGAAUCUUUAACUGAGCCCUAAACCGUAUCAAAAUGUCGGACACCGAGGAUAUUGGGGAUAUUGAAGAUGAGGAGGAGGAGUAUGUUGUUGAAGAGUAUUCCACGGUGACUACCACUACAACUGCUACAAGUGGCUCUAUGCAGCAGACCGGGUUGCCAACCAGGACUGUGAGGAAGAAGGUGAAGGUGGACACUUCCAAGUUCAUGACUCCUUACCUGGCCCACAGCCAGAAGAUGCUGGAGCAGUUCAGCCACAAUAAGUAUAGAGAGGCCUAUGAGUUGUCCAAAGGGACCGCUCCUGGUUUCAUCACGGAGACCCCCGAGAUGAUCCGCAUCAGGAAGGCCCAGGAGCAGCUCAGCGAGGUGAAAUACCGGAUGGAGGGUAACAAGGUUCGAACAACAAGCUUGUACGACGGAGAGGCCAAAGAGAUUGCCCAUGUCAAACGGGUCUCUGAACUCAUCAGCAAGGUCCUCUACAGGCAGAAGUGGGAUGAAACCAAGGACCGCUAUCUGCUGCCCCCUGAUGCUCCUGAGCUGGUGCUGGCUGUGAAGAACGCUGCUAACAUGAGCAAAAAACUGUACACUGAGGACUGGAAUGAGGAGAAGACCAUGUACUGCCCGUACAGCGACAGCCCCGAGCUGCGUAGAGUGGCCAAGGCUCAGGAGGUUCUCAGUGAUGUUCAAUAUAAGAAGGGCCAUAACGAACGCAAAGCCAAGUACACCUCGCUGGCUGAUCCUCCUGAAGUGGAACUGGCCAAGAGAGUGGCUCAUCAGCGCAGUGAUCUGAAGUACAAGGAGGAUUACAAUAAAAACGUGAGGGGACAGUGGUGUGAAACGCCAUACUUCGACGUUGCCACUGCCCGAGUCGCUAUGGACAACCUCAGCCAAAGAAAAUACACGCAAGAAUUUGAAAAUAUCAAAGACCAAAUAUAUUUCAUGCAAACCGACACGCCCGUUUACGACACGCACAAGAAGGCUCGCAUUUCCGCCAGUGAGGUCCAGUAUAAGAAGGAGUACGAGAAGACGAAAAUGAAGUGCGACUACAACACGCUCCCCGCCACAGAAAACCCGCUCCUACGACAGCUACGUUACGCCGGCACAAUCCUCAGUGAUAAAGUGUAUAAAGCCAACUACGAAAAGUCGAGAGGUUUCAGCAUCAACUACUGCGACACACCCAAAUUCCAGAUGGACUCGGUUCUCAAGAAGUUCACAGACGCACAUUACAAAGACAAGUACGACGAGGAGGUGAAGGGACACUACAUCGGCAGCUAUGAGGACUUGUACAUGCUUCACUGCCAGAAAGUCGAGGGAUUUAAGAACGAUCAAGCCUACAAAGCAGAGUAUGAAGACAUCAAGACGAGAUGUUUCUUCCCUCAAACCAUCACGCCUGAGUAUGAAGCCACCAAGAAGCUUCAGGGUUGUAGCGAGGCAAUUUAUCGCCAACAUCCGGACAAAGUGAAGUUCACACAAGUCACAGAUAAUCCCGUCAUGGUUCAAGCACUAGUCAACGCCAAACAACUGAGUGAUCUGAACUACAAGAAACAGUAUGAGCAGAUGAAGUUCAAGAACAGCCUUCCCGCAGACUAUCCCUUCUUCGUCCAGUCCAGAGUAAACGCUUACAACCUCAGUGAUAACUGCUACAAGUACGACUGGGAGAAAACUAAAGCCAAGAAGUUUGAAAUUAAGGGCGAUAUGAUUUCAAUCCUCGCAGCUCGCGCCCACACUAACAUCGCUAGUGAUGUUAAAUACAAGAAGGAGUAUGAGAAGAAUAGAGGACAUAUGGUUGGAGCUCUUAGUAUCAAUGAUGACCCUAAAAUCUUGCAUUCAGUUCAUGUGGCGAAGAUUCAAAGUCAUAAAGAGUACAUCAAGGACUAUGAAAAGAUUAAAACAAAAUACCACAGCCCUCUGGAUAUGAUCUCCUUGACGACAGCCAAAAAGUCCCAGGCCAUCGCUAGUAUGGCCGGAUACAAGACCAUCAAUAGGAACUAUUUCCUGCCCUACGACAGUGUCCUGCUUGACCUGGCCAAGAAAGCCAACAUCAUCCAGAGUGACAAUGAUUACAAAUCUGAUUACAACACCUACGUGAAGGGCUCUCCCUGGGUCACCUUUGGCUGUAUGGAGGUGGAGAAGGCCAAGAAGGCUGGUGAAAUCCUUGACGAGAAAAAGUACAGGCAGCACCCAGACACUAUUCCCUUCACUGCCAUCGAUGACCACCCCAUUAUGAUGCAGGCCAAGGUCAACCAGCUGCAGAGAAGCGAUCUGUUUUACAAGAGAGGAUUGGAGGAGAUUCAUCAGAAAUACUCCCUGCCUGCAGAUGUCCCUGAGUUCCUUCAGGCCAAAUGCAAUGCCUACAACAUGAGCAACAAAAACUACAAGCAGGCCUGGCUGGAGCAUAUCGCUAAGGGUUAUGACCUGAGGCCUGAUGCCAUCCCUGUUGUAGCCGCUAAAGCUGCUCGUCACGCUGCCAGUGAUGUCCAGUAUAAGAAGGCGUUUGUGAAAGCUAAGGGACAACACAUUGGUUUCCGUAGCCUGCAGGAUGACCCUCUUCUGGUUCACUACAUGGAGCUGGCUAAACUCCAGAGUGACAAGAACUACAAGAAGGACUACCACAAGUCCAAACUGAAGUACCACUCCCCAGUCGACAUGAUGAGCCUGGUCCAUGCUAAACAGGCCACAAAGGCUCAGACCAUGGCGGGGUAUAAGAAUGUCCCUCAUAACUACUGCCUUCUGCCUGGAGCCAUGAACCUGGAACUGGCCCGUACUAUGAACUUUAACUCCAGCGAUGUGAACUACAAAAUGGAUUAUGAGACCUCUGUGAAGGGCAGUGGCUGGGUGCCCAUUGGGUCUCUGGAGGUGGAGAAAGCUAAAGCAGCAGCUGCAGCUCUGGAUGAGAUUAAGUACAGACAACAUCCAUCCAACUUCAAAUUCACCAGCGGCAUGGACUCAAUGAUGAUGGAGCUCGCCAAGACCAACAGCAGGAACCUCAACGUGAAAGAGUACAAAGCCAGUGGAGAGAAGUUCGUGCAUACUUACAACCUUCCUGCUGAUGCUCCUGAAUUUCAACAAGCGAGAUACAAUGCUGUCAACAUCAGCCAGAACUACUACACUUAUGCUCACCGCCGUGACCUUCUCAAAGGACAUCACGUGAAGGAAGAUUCUAUUCCUGUGGUUGCUGCAAAAAGCUCCAGGGACAUUGCCAGUGAUUACAAGUACAGGUUGGCCUAUCAGAAAGCCAAAGGACGCCAUGUUGGUUUCCGCAGCCUGCAGGAUGACCCUCUCCUGGUUCACUACAUGGAGGUGGCUAAACACCAGAGCGAUAAGAACUACAAGAAGGACUACCACAAGGCCAAGCUGAAGUACCACACCCCAGUCGGCAUGAUGAGCCUGGUCCAUGCUAAACAGGCCACCAAAGCUCAGACCAUGGCCGGGUACAGGAACAUCCCUCAUAACUACUGCCUUUUACCUGACAAUAUGCAACUGCAGCUCUGCCGUACCAUGAUGGAUAUCCAGAGUGAUAACCAGUACAAGUCUGAGUACAACAACUACAGCAAAGGCACUGGUUGGGUCCCCAUUGGCUCCAUUCCAAUUGAGUUGGCUAAAGCUGCUAGCACUGCCUUGGAUGACAAAGGCUACCGUCAACAUCCCAGCAACUUCAAAUUCACCAGCAAAACUGAUGCUAUGCACAUGGCUCUGGCCCUGGCUAACACCAAGAUCAUGGAUAAUGCUUCUUACAGGGCUUCUGGUGAGAAGUUUAUGCACACUUACAACCUCCCUGUCGAUAGCCCUGAGUUCCUCCAGGCUAAAUUCAAUGCGCAGACUAUGAGUGAUAGUUACUAUAAGCAUAAGUGGCUGGAGACUAUUGCUAAAGGUUAUGACAUGAAGCCUGACGCUAUUCCCAUUCUGCACGCCAAGCAGGGAAGACACAUCGCUAGUGAUGUCCAGUAUAAGAAGGACUUUGUGAAAGCUAAGGGACACCACGUUGGUUUCCGCAGCCUGCAGGAUGACCCUCUUCUGGUUCACUACAUGGAAGUGGCUAAACACCAGAGCGACAAGAACUACAAGAAGGACUACAACAAGUCCAAGCUGAAGUACCACACCCCAGUCGACAUGUUGAGCCUGAUCCAUGCCAAAGAGGCCACAAAGGCUCAGACUAUGGCUGGGUACAAGAAGAUCCCUCACAGCUACUUGCUUUUACCUGACAAUUUGCACCUGCAGCUCUGCCGUACCAUGAACACUCAAGUUAGCGAUACUGACUACAAGUCAGAAUACAACAACUUCGUCAAGGGAUGUGGUUGGGUACCCAUUGGGUCUCUCCCAGUAGAAACUGCCAAAGUCGGUGGAGACAUUCUGAGUGAGAGAAGGUAUCGCACUCAUCCAUCUAUUUUCAAAUAUCACAAGCUCAUGGACUCUAUGGAUGUUGCUCUGGCCACUGCCAACAACCAGAUCAUGAACAAGAAAGCCUACACUGAGAAAUGGGAGAAGGAUAAGACCACUAUUCAUGUCAUGCCUGAUGCCAUGGAUAUUGUCCUGGCUAAAGCUAAUGCCAUCACCAUGAACCAGAAACUUUAUAAAGCUGGAUUGGUGGAAAUGGCUCUCAAAGGUCACAACAUGAAAGCUGAUGCCAUCCCAAUUGUGGCUGCUAAGACUGGCACUAUUAUUGCUAGUGAUUACAAGUACAAGCUGGCCUUUGAGAAAGCCAAGGGACACCACGUUGGUUUCCGCAGCCUGCAGGAUGACCCUCUCCUGGUUCACUACAUGGAGGUGGCUAAACACCAGAGUGAUAAGAACUACAAGAAGGACUACCACAAGGCCAAGCUGAAGUACCACACCCCAGUCGACAUGUUGAGCGUGGUCCAUGCUAAACAGGCCACAAAGGCUCAGACCAAUGCUGGGUACAAACAGAUUUCACACAGUAACCUGCUGAUGCCCGAUGCCAUGAACCUGGUGUUGGCACGCACCAUGAACACCAUCUGCAGUGAUGUGGAAUACAAAUCUGAGUAUAACAACUUCGUCAAGGGAUGUGGUUGGGUACCCAUUGGGUCACUCCCAAUAGAAACCGCCAAAGUUGGUGGAGACAUUCUGAGUGAGAGAAGGUAUCGCACUCAUCCAUCUAUCUUCAAAUACCACAAGCUCAUGGACUCUAUGGAUGUUGCUCUGGCCACUGCCAACAACCAGAUCAUGAACAAGAAAGCCUACACUGAGAAAUGGGAGAAGGAUAAGACCACUAUUCAUGUCAUGCCUGAUUCUAUGGAUGUUGUCCUGGCUAAAGCUAAUGCCAUCACCAUGAACCAGAAACUUUACAAAGCUGGCCUCAUGGAAAUGGCUCUGAAGGGUCACAACAUGAAGGCAGAUGCCAUCCCAAUUGUGGCUGCUAAGGCUGGCACUAUUAUUGCUAGCAAUUACAAGUACAAGCUGGCCUUUGAGAAAGCCAAGGGACACCAUGUUGGUUUCCGCAGCCUGCAGGAUGAUCCUCUCCUGGUUCACUACAUGGAGCUGGCUAAACACCAGAGCGACAAGAACUACAAGAAGGACUACCACAAGUCCAAGCUGAAGUACCACUCCCCAGUCGACAUGUUGAGUGUGGUCCAUGCUAAACAGGCCACAAAGGCUCAGACUAUGGCCGGAUAUAAACAGAUUUCACACAGCAACCUGCUCCUCCCUGAUGCCAUGAACCUGGAACUGGCUCGUAACAUGCAGUUCAUUGCUAGUGAUAACCAGUACAAGAGUGAGUACCAGAACUACUUCAGAGGCCUGGGAUGGGUCCCCAUUGGGUCUCUGGACGUGGAAAAGGCCAAAACUGCUGGUCACAUCUUUAGCGAGAAGAAUUACCGCCAACACCCAAGCCAAUUCAAAUUCACCAAAGACAUGCAAUCCAUGGAUGUGGCACUUGCAACAGUCAAUAACCAGAUUAUGAACAAGCAAUCCUAUAUUCAAGCCUGGGAGAAGGACAAAACCACUAUUCACAUUAUGCCAGAUGCUAUGGAUGUUGUGCUGGCUCGUGAAAAUAGAAAGAACUACAGCGAGAAACUGUACAAGUUGGACAAUGAAUUGGCAAAGAAGAAGGGACACAAUUUCCGCGCUGAUGCUAUUGCUGUCCAGGCUGCCAAGGCCUCCACAACCAUUGCUAGUGAUUACAAGUACAAGACCGGAUACCGUAAGCAGGUUGGUCAUCACAUCGGUGCUCGCAGUAUCCAGGACGACCCUCUGCUCAUGCUGGCUCUGAACUCUGCCAAAAUUGCCAGUGACGCUUUGUAUAAGAAGGACUUCCACAAAUCCAAGACCAAGUUCCACCUGCCUGUGGACAUGCUGGCCUUUGAACUGGCCAAGAAGAACCAAAUUCAAGUGAACCAUGCUAACUACAUCACAAGGCUGCACAACUGGACCUGUCUGCCUGACUCCAAUGAUGUGGUUCAGGCCAGAGCAGCUUAUGACAUUCAGAGUGACAAUGUCUACAAGGCUGAUCUGAAGUGGCUCAAAGGCCUUGGAUGGGUGCCCAUUGGUUCAAUUGAUGUUGAGAAAGUUAAAUAUGCUGGUAAAAUCCUUGAUGAGAAGAAUUAUCGUCAGCAUCCAAGCAAUUUCAAGUUCACCAGCACUGCAGAGGACAUGCCUAUGGCUCUGGCUAAGGCUAACAACCAAAUCAUGAACAAGAGUGCUUACACAGCCGCAUGGGAGAAGGACAAGACUUCCAUCCACAUUAUGCCUGAUGCCAUGGAUGUCCUCCUGGCCAAAGCCAACAAAGCCAACUACAGUGUAAAAGCAUACAAGCAGGCCCAUGAGGAGUCCAAGAAGAAGGGCUAUGAUAUGCGCCAAGACGCUAUUUCCAUUUUGGCUGCCAAGGCUUCAAGAGAUAUUGCCAGUGAUUACAAGUACAAGGCAGGAUACCGUAAGCAGGUUGGACAUCACAUCGGUGCUCGCAGCAUCCAGGACGACCCUCUGCUCAUGCUGGCUCUGAACUCUGCCAAAAUUGCCAGUGAUGCUCUGUACAAGAAGGACUUCCACAAAUCCAAGACCAAGUUCCACCUGCCUGUGGACAUGCUGUCCUUUGAACUGGCCAAGAAGAACCAGAUUCAAGUGAACCAUGCUAACUACAUCACAAAGUUGCACAAUUGGACCUGUCUGCCUGACUCCAAUGAUGUGGUUCAGGCCAGAACAGCCUAUGACCUCCAGAGUGACGCUGUGUACAAGGCUGAUCUGAAGUGGCUGAAGGGUCUUGGAUGGGUGCCUAUUGGUUCAAUUGAUGUUGAGAAAGUUAAAUACGCUGGUAAAGUCCUCAGUGAGAGGAACUACCGCCAGCAUCCAAGCAGCUUCAACUUCAAACUCACCACUGAAGACAUGCCCAUGGUUCUGGCUAAGGCCAACAACCAGAACAUGAACCAGAAAUCCUAUGUUGAAGCAUGGAACAAUGAUAAGACCAAUAUCCACAUCAUGCCUGAUGCCAUGGAUAUCCUUCUGGCCAAAGCCAACAAUGUUAACUUCAGUGUGAAAGCGUACAAGCAGGCAUAUGAGGAGGCUAAGAAGAAGGGCUAUGACAUGCGCCAAGAUGCUAUUUCUAUUUUGGCAGCUAGAGCUUCAAGGGACAUUGCCAGUGAUUACAAGUACAAGGCGGGAUACCGUAAGCAGGUUGGACAUCACAUUGGGGCCAGAUGUGUUCAGGACGACCCUCUGCUCAUGUUGGCCAUAAACUCUGCCAAAAUUGCCAGUGACGUUCUGUACAAGAAGGACUUCAACAAAUCCAAGACCAAGUUCAACCUGCCUGUGGACAUGUUGAAUCUUGAGUUGGCAAAGAAAUGUCAGAUCCAAGUGAAUGAUUUCAACUACAGGACCAAGCUGCACCAGUGGACCUGCCUUCCCGACUCCAAUGAUGUGGUCCAGGCCAGAACAGCCUAUGACCUCCAGAGUGACGCUGUGUACAAGGCUGAUCUGAAGUGGCUACAGGGUCUUGGAUGGGUGCCCAUUGGUUCAAUUGAUGUUGAGAAAGUUAAAUAUGCUGGUAAAAUCCUCGAUGAGAAAAACUAUCGCCAGCAUCCAAGCACCUUUGCAUUCAAGAGCACCACUGAAGACAUGCCCAUGGUUCUGGCUAAGGCCAACAACCAAAUCAUGAAUCAGAAAGCAUAUGUUGAAGCCUGGAACAAUGACAAGAAAAACAUCCAUGUUAUGCCUGAUGCCAUGGAUAUCCUCCUGGCCAAGGCCAACAAUGUUAACUACAGCGUGAAAGCUUACAAGCAGGCACAUGAGGAGUCCAAGAAGAAGGGCUAUGACUUGCGCCAAGAUGCCAUUUCCAUUUUGGCUGCCAGGGCUUCAAGAGACAUCGCCAGUGAUUACAAGUACAAGGCGGGAUACCGUAAGCAGGUUGGACAUCACAUUGGUGCCAGAUGUGUUCAGGACGACCCUCUGCUCAUGUUGGCCAUAAAUUCCGCCAAAAUCGCUAGUGAUGCUCUAUACAAAAAGGACUUCCACAAGUCCAAGACCAAGUUCAACCUUCCAGUGGACAUGCUGGCCUUUGAACUGGCCAAGAAGAACCAAAUUCAAGUGAACCAUGCAAACUAUAUCACAAGGCUUCACAACUGGACCUGUCUCCCCGACUCCAAUGAUGUGGUUCAGGCCAGAACAGCUUAUGACCUCCAGAGUGACGCUGUGUACAAGGCUGAUCUGAAAUGGCUGCAAGGUCUUGGUUGGGUACCCAUAGGUUCACUGGAUGUGGAGAAAGCUAGGAAAGCUGCAGAGAUUCUGAGUGAGAGAAGAUAUCGUCAGCAUCCAAGCACUGUGCCCUUCACCAGCACUACUGAUGCCAUGAAUAUGGUCUUGGCCAAGAACAAUGCCCAAACUAUGAACCAGCGCCUCUAUGUGGAAGCUUGGGAGAAGGACAAGACCACGCUCCACAUCAUGCCUGAUACUCCUGAGAUCAUCCUCUCUCAGCAGAACACGAUCAACAUGAGCAAGAAACUGUACAGACAAGGAUUUGAGGAGGCCAUCAAGAAGGGCUACUUCCUUCCUCCGGAUUCCAUUUCUGUGAAGGCUGCUAAGGCUUCCAGGGAAAUUAUCAGCGAUUACAAGUACAAGACAGGAUACCGCAAGCAGGUUGGACAUCACAUUGGUGCCAGAUGUGUUCAGGACGACCCUCUGAUGAUGCUGGCCAUAAAUUCUGCCAAAAUUGCCAGUGACGCUCUGUACAAGAAGGACUUCAACAAAUCUAAGACCAAGUUCAACCUGCCUGUGGACAUGUUGAAUCUUGAGUUGGCAAAGAAAUGUCAGAUCCAAGUGAAUGAUUUCAACUAUAGGACCAAGCUGCACCAGUGGACCUGCCUUCCCGACUCCAAUGAUGUGGUUCAGGCCAGAAAGGCUUAUGACCUCCAGAGUGACGCUGUCUACAAGGCUGACAUGGAAGAGGUCAUUGGCGUUGGAUGGGUUCCUAUUGGUUCGCUGGAUGUGUUGAAAGCCAAACACGCAGCCAAAAUCCUCAGCGACCGCUUGUACAAGCAGAAACCAGACACUCUGAAAUACACCUCCGAUACACAUGCUAUCCCUAUGGUCCUCGCCAAGGCUAAUGCUGACAUUAUGAACAAGAGGACUUAUAUUGCUGCCUGGGAAGCAGACAAGAUCAAGACCCACGUUACUCCUGACCUUCCUGAGUUGUUGCUUUCUAAAGCUAAUGCUUACAACAUCAGCAGGAAAAUUUACAGAGAGGCUGUGGAGGAGAUGUUCAGGAAAGGCUACGACAUGAAACCUGAUGCUGUUUCUGUUAUCGCUGCCAAGCACGGCAGAGAAAUCAUUAGUGACUACAAGUACAAGACAGGAUACCGUAAGCAGGUUGGCCACCACAUUGGCGCAAGAUGUGUUCAAGAUGAUCCAUUGAUGAUGCUGGCUCUGAACUCCGCCAAAAUUGCCAGUGACGUUCUGUACAAGAAGGACUUCAACAAAUCCAAGACUAAGUUCAACCUGCCUGUGGACAUGUUGAAUCUGGAACUGGCCAAGAAAUGCCAGAUCCAAGUGAAUGAUUUCAACUACAGGACUAGACUGCACAACUGGACCUGCCUCCCCGACUCCAACGAUGUGGUCCAGGCCAGGAAAGUCUACGAUCUGCGCAGUGAUGCUGUGUACAAGGCUGACAUGGAAUGGAUCAAGGGCUGUGGCUGGGUGCCCAUUGGGUCUCUCGAUGUGGAAAAGGCGAAGAAAGCUGCAGAGAUCCUGAGCGAGAGGAAGUAUCGCCAACACCCGAGCCUGUUCAAAUCCACAGCCCAGACCACAGACAUGCCUUACGCACUGGCUAAAGCUAAUGCUGAGAUCAUGAACCAGAAAGCCUACAUUGCUGCCUGGGAGAAAGAUAAAACCAACCUUCACAUCCAGCCCGACACUCCUGAGAUUGUCCUGUCCAAGCAGAACAAGAUCAACAUGAGCCUGAAAGCCUACAAGGAGGGCUUCAUAAACAUGAUCAACAAGGGAUACUACCUCCCCAAGGACGCUGUGUCUGUCCUGGCCGCCAAAGCCUCCAGAGAUAUCGUCAGCGAUUACAAAUACAAAGCCGGUUUCCGUAAGCAGUGUGGGCAUCACAUUGGAGCACUUAGUAUCAAUGAUGACCCAAUGUGUCUGCUGGCGGCUCACGUAGCUAAGAUCUCCAGUGACAACAUCUAUAAGAAGGACUUCAACAAGUCCAAGACCAAGUUCAACCUCCCCGUGGACCUGCUGUCUCUGGAACUCGCCAAGAAAUGCCAAAUCCAAGUGAACGAUUUCAACUACAGGACCAAGCUGCACAACUGGACCUGCCUCCCCGACUCCAAUGAUGUGGUCCAGGCCAGAAAAGUUUACGAUCUGCGCAGUGAUGCGGUGUACAGAUCAGAUCUGGAGUGGCUGAGAGGCUGCGGCUGGUCUCCUCAGGACUGUGUCGAUGUCAUUAAAGUAAGAAAUGCCCAAAAGAUCCUGAAUGACCGUCUGUACAAACAGCCCCCGAGCACUGUCAAAUUCACCAGCAUCGUCGACCUGCCAGCCAUCGUCCUGUCCAAGCAGAACGCAGACAAUAUCAGCGAUAGAAAGUACAGAGAGGUUUGGGAUAAGGACAAGCUUACCAUCCACAUGCCCCCUGAUGCUCCCACAUUUGAGCUGUCCAAGGCUAACGCUGUGGCUAUCAGCAAUAAACUCUACACAAAAGCUUGGGAUGACCAGAAGGCCAAAGGGUACCACAUCAAGCAGGAUGCCGUGUCUGUGAUCAGAGCCAAAGCUUCCAGGGAUAUUGUCAGUGAUUACAAGUACCAUGAGGGGUACCGUAAGCAGGUUGGCCAUCAUAUUGGAGCCAGAUGUGUUGAGGAGGAUCCACUGAUCAUGUUGGCAAUGCACUCUGUCAAAAUCGCCAGUGACAACAUCUACAAGAAGGACUUCAACAAAUCCAAGACCAAGUUCCACCUCCCCGUCGACAUGUUGAGUCUGGAGCUGGCAAAGAAAUGCCAAGUCCAAGUGAAUGAUUUCAACUACAGGACCAAGCUGCACCAGUGGACCUGCCUCCCCGACUCCAAUGAUGUGGUCCAGGCCAGAAAGGCUUAUGACCUCCAGAGUGACGCUGUGUACAGAUCUGAUCUGGAGUGGCUCCGUGGCUGCGGCUGGAUGCCCCAUGAGUCUGUGGAGGUUAUGAAGGUGAAACAUGCUCAGAAGAUCCUGGCUGAUAGAGGUUACCGUGUGAAGUUGGAUGAACAGAAAUACAUUGUUCCCGUUGACAGAAUGGACCUUGAAUGUGCCAAAACUGCUGCUGCUGCGCUCAAUGAGGCCAAAUAUCGUGAAGCUUGGCACAGGGAUAAGAUCAAGUACUCCCUGGUGGACACUCCAACCAUGGCUUCAGCCAGAGAGGCAGCCAAGCACAUUCACCCAAAACUCUAUACUACAGAGUGGAACAAGGUGAAGGCCACUGGAUACUUCAUGCCUGGAGACGCCGUGCCCAUUAAACAGUGCAUCAACACCUCCAAGGUCCAAAGUCAGUACAAGUAUCUGGAGAGCUACCGUAAGCAGGUUGGACAUCACAUUGGUGCCAGAUGUGUUCAGGACGAUCCUCUGAUAAUGCUGGCCAUAAACUCCGCCAAAAUCGCCAGUGACGCUCUGUACAAGAAGGACUUCAACAAAUCCAAGACCAAGUUCCACCUCCCUGUGGACAUGUUGAAUCUUGAGUUGGCAAAGAAAUGUCAGAUCCAAGUGAAUGAUUUCAACUACAGGACCAGACUGCACCAGUGGACCUGCCUCCCCGACUCCAAUGAUGUGGUCCAGGCCAGGAAAGUCUACGACAUCCAGAGUGAUAACGUGUACAAAGCAGAUCUUGAAUGGAUCCGUGGAUGUGGCUGGGUGCCUGCGGAGGGAGUGGAUCACGUCAAAGUCAAGAAGGCCCAAGAAAUCCUCAAUGACAGACUCUACAAGAAGAAUGCCAAGGAGUGUUUUGGAAAGUUCACCCUGAUCGUGGACCGCCCUGAGCUUAUUUUGGCCAGAGUCAACGCUGCCAACCUCAGUGACUUGAAAUACAAAGAAACCUUUAAUGCUGAGAAGGGACAGUACAUUGGAGCUGAAGACACUCCCCAGCUCGCCCAUAGCAGAGAGGUGGCCAAGAUCAUCAGUGAGAAAGGAUACAAGCAACAAUGGGAUGACACUAAGGCUACAAGCUACCAGCUCAACCACGAAUACAUUCCUCUGCUGAGUGGAAAGAAGGGCAGAGAGAUUGCCUCUGAUGUUAAGUACAAGGAUGCUCAUGAGAAGACAAAGGGACACUACAUGGCUGGAACUCUGAUCGACUUCCCUGACGUGAUCAGGUGUGGGGAGCAGGAGAAGAACAAGGGACUGAGGUUGUACCAGAAGGACUACCACACGACCAAGACCAAGACCCACCUGCCUCCGGACAUUAUCGCCAACAAAGUGGCCAAGCGCUGCCAGGACAUGCUCAGUGAUGUCAUCUACCGCACAUACCUGCACCAAUGGACCUGCCACCCCGAGCAGGAGGACGCCAUCCGGGCACGCAAGACCAACGAGAUCCUCAGCGACGUCUAUUACAAGGACGACCUGAACUGGAUGAAGGGCAUCGGCUGCUAUGUCUGGGACACUCCUGAGAUCGUCCGCGCCAAGAAAGCCUACGAACUGCAGAGCGAUCUGAAAUACAGAGAUGAAGCCAAGAAGGAGUUCAACAACUACUCUAUUGUGACAGACACUCCUGUUUAUGUGACAGCUGUACUGGGAACCACCUGGGCCAGUGACCUCUCCUACAGAGAGGCCUACCACAAGGAGAAGCACAUGUACACCACUGUUCUUGAUACCUACGACUACGCAAGAUGCCACAACUUCAAGUACUUCUUCAGCCAGAAAAAUUACACUUCUGCUUGGGACAAAAUCAAAGCCAAGAGCUACCAGAUUCCCAAAGACUCCCACGCCUUGCAACACGCCAAAAAUCAGAAAGUCAUCCUCAGCCACGUCAAGUACAAGGAGGACUAUGAGAAGUAUAAGUCCCUGUACAGUUUGCCCAAGUGCCUGGAGGAUGAUCCCAACACGGCUCGCUGCGUCAAGACCGGAAAACUCGUCCUGGAUCGUCUGUACAAACAGGACUAUGAAAAGACCAAAGCCAAGAACCACAUCCCCCCCGACAUGUUGGAGAUCCUGUCAGCCCGAAACACUCAGUCCACAGUCAGCGGGAUCCACUACAGGAAGUACCUGCACCAGUGGAUGUGUCUGCCCGAUAUGCAAGUGUUUGGACAGGCUCGCAAGGUCAAUGAGCAGCUCAGCGAUAUCUUCUACAAGGAUGACCUGAACUGGCUAAAGGGCAUUGGCUGCUACGCCUGGGACACUCCUGAGAUCCUGAGAGUCAAACACGCCGGUAACCUGCAGAGCGAAGCCAAGUACAGAGCUAAGGGUAUUGAGUCAUUCAAGGAGUACACUGUGGUAACUGACACUCCAACUUAUGAAGUGGCCAAGCAAAACGCUGUCAACCUGAGUGAUCUGCAUUAUCGCUAUGACUACAACACCAACGUGAAGGGAACCAACACUGCCCCCGCUGUGACCAUCGAGUCAGAGAGAGCUCGCCUGGCCAACUACAUCCAGAGUGACAAACAUUACAAAGAGGCCAACAAGAAGUUCAUGCCGACUGGGUACUCCCUCCCCUAUGACACCCCCAUCCACAAGCAGGUCAAACACAACACCAUCGUCACCAGCAACUACAAGUACAAGGAGGCGUAUGAGAUGAUGAAGGCCAAAGCUUACACUCUUCAUCCCGAGGGAGUCAACUUUGUGACUUCCAGAAAGGCCCACAAGGUCAUCAACGAGCGUCUGUACAGGGAGCAGUGGCACAAGACCAAGGACAAGAUCCACACAACCUACGACACUCCAGAGAUCAAGCAAGUCAAGAUGAACCAGGAUCACAUUAGCGACUUGUGGUACCAUGAGAAGCACAAUGCUGCUAAGGGCCAGCUGAUCUCUCUGCCUAUCACUCCUCAACUUAUGCACUGUUACCACGUCAAUGACAUCACCAGCGAUCUGAAAUACAAAGAGGACCUGUCUUGGCUGAGGGGCUUGGGCUGCUUCCUGUACGACACUCCUGAGAUGGUUAAUUUACGCAACAUCAACAAAUUCAGGGUGAAUUACCCAGUGGAGGCCAAGAAGAACCUGCAUAACUUCAGUGUUGUCCUGGAUACGCCUGAAUACAAGCGCGUCACAGAGCUCAAGACGCACAUGAGCAACUGGAUCUACAAAUCCCAGAGCAAAGAGGAAAUGUCAAAAGUCAGCACUACUCUGGACUCCAUCGACAUCAAGAGAGCCAAGUGGGCCCAGCAGCUCACCAACAAGUGGCAGUACGUUGAUCUGGCCAGCAAGGAGAGGGCCUUCUUCACUCCUGAGAUGGAAACUCCAACCAUGGGCCACUGCAGAAAGAUGAAAGUGGUCUAUAGCGAUAACAAGUACAAGGACCAGUAUGAGAAGAUGAAGCACAGAUACACUGCUAUUGCCGAUACUCCCAUCCUGAUCCGUGCUAAGAAAGCAUACCUGCAGUCCAGUGAUCUUCGUUACAAGGAGAGCUUUGAACUUGCUAAGGGCCACUACAGAACUGUGAAGGACGCUUUGGACAUUAUCAUUCAUCGCAGAGUCACAGAUGACAUCAGUGAAGUUAAAUACAGGGAGAAAUACAUUAACUCUCUGGGUACCUGGAAGUCUAUCCCCGAUCGCCCCGAGUUCUUCUUCAGCAGAAUUGUCAACGAUAACGUCAGCAAUGUUAAGUACAAGGAGGAUCUGGAUUGGUUGAAGGGCAUCGGCUGCUUCGUGUGGGACACUCCUGAGCUGGUACAGGCUGAGAGGAACAAGACCCUGUACAGUGAGAGAUUGUACAGAGCAUCCUUUGAGAAGAACAGAGGAAACUUCAAAUACACUUGUGACUCGCCCUUCUUCGUGGCCGCCAGGAACGCCUCUAUCCUCAUCAAUGAUAGACACUACAGAGCUAAUUAUGAGAAGACCAAGGAUAAGUUCACCAUUACCACUGAUGACCCUAGGUACCAGCUGGCCAGAGCGAACAACAAAAUGAGCCAGUGGAGGUACAGGGAGCAGUAUGAACGUGCCAAGGACAAGUUCACUUCAGUGCUGGAGACCCCAGAGUAUGAGAGCCAUAAACGCAGCAAGAAGAUCGGUGAUAUUAUUUACAAGAUGGAGUAUAACAGGACCAAGGCUAAGGGCUACACUCUCCCCUACGACACUCCCUACCAGAACCACAUGAAGAAAGUCAAGGACAUCACCAGCACUCUGAAAUACAAAGAGGUGUAUGAAAGAAGCAAGGCCCAGAUCAACAUGGACCCCGAAGCGCAUUCGAUCCGUGCUGCCAAAGAGGCCUACAAGAACAUCAGUAACCUGGAUUAUAAGAAGAAAUAUGAAGCCACUAAGAACAAGUGGAUCUGGACCGCAGACAGACCUGACUUUGUCAACGCUGCUAAGAACACCCUGCAACAGAGCGAUGUGGAGUACAAAUAUGACAAGGAAGCCAUGAAGGGCUGUGUGAUCCCAGUUGUUGAUGACAAGUUAACGAUUUUGUGCACGAAGAAUACUGAAAUGGCCAGUGAUGUGAAGUACAAGGAGAAGUAUGAGAAGGCAAAGGGCCACUAUCUCCCAGUCUCUGACACACCUCAAAUUCUCCACGCCAAAUCUGUGCGCACUCUGGCUUCUGAGAGCAAAUACAAAGAGGCCAGUAAGAAAGAAAUGCAGAGUGGAUCUUUCACCACUCUGGCUGAGACCCGGGACACACAGCACAGCAAGGAGGUCAACAAACUCGUCAGUGGGAAACUGUAUAAAGAGAAGUUUGAGAAGGAGAAGGGCAAGUCUGAAUACAACAACAUGACUGUUCCACCGGACGUGCAGCAUGCCAUGGAUGUGGCCAAGACCCAGAGCAGCUUUGCCUACAAGAAGAAUGCUAAAGCUAACCUAUCCUAUACCAGUGUGGUCGACCGCCCUGAUAUCAGAAAGGCCACACAAGCUGCCAAACUCAUCAGUCAUAUUGGGUACCGUGAUAAAGCUCGAGAGGAGGCCAGCAAAGGAGGCUCUCUGGUCCACCGACCAGACAUAGCACUGGCCACUGCAGUGUCCAAGCUGACCAGCCAGGUGAAGUACAAGGAAAAGUUUGACAAGGAGGUGAAAGGAAAGAAGCCACAAUACGACCCGAAGGAGAGCAAGAUGUACAAGACCAUGAAGGAGGCCAAUGAGCUGGCCAGUGAGGUGAAAUAUAAGGGUGACCUGAAGAAGAUUCACAAACCAGUGACAGACAUGGCAGAGUCUUUGUCCAUGCAGCACAGCCUGAGCACCAGCAAACUCUCCAGCGACUACCAGUACAAGAAGAAAUUUGAGGCGAGUAAGGGUCACUACCACAUGAUCACCGACACACCUGAACAACUUCACCACAAGGAGGCGUCAGAGCUGCAGAGCAAUGUGAAGUACAAGGAGAAGUAUGAGAAAAGAGAGAAGGGAAACCAAUGCUGGGACUUUGAGACUCCAUCUUAUGUGACCGCUAAGGAGGCCCAGCAGAUGCAGAGCCAGAAAGACUAUAGGAAGGACUAUGAGGAGUCUAUGAAGGGUAGGAACCUCUCUGGACUGGAAGAGACUCCUGCAAUGUUACACGUACGACACGCCACCAAAAUAGCCAGCGAGAAAGAAUACAGGAAGGAUCUAGAGGAGGGAGUGAAGGGUAAAGGGUUGACUCUAUUGGAGGAAACGCCUGAUCUUUUGAGAGCCAGAAAUGCUACUCAGAUCCUGUCUGAGAGAGAGUACAAGAAGGCCCUGGAGCAGGAGAUCAAGGGCAAAGGCAUGUUGGCUUUGGCUACAGACACCCCAGACUUUAUGAGGGCCAGGAAUGCCACCGACAUCCUCAGUCAGACUAAGUACAAGCAGACCGCUGAGAUGGACAGAGCCAGUUACACCACCGUCAUCGACACUCCUGAUAUCAUCCACGCUCAGCAGAUGAAGAACAUCGUCAGCCAGAAAAAGUACAAGGAGGAGGCUGAGAGGACCAUGUCUCACUAUGUGCCUGUGCUGGACACUCCGGAGAUGCAGAGAGUCCGUGAGAACCAGAAGAACUUCAGCACUCUUCAGUACCAGACAGAUCUUAAAAACAUAAAAGGCAAAGUGUCUGCUGUGCAGGACACUCCAGAAAUACUACGUGUUAAAGAGAAUACAAAGAAUAUCAGCUCGAUUCAGUACAAAGAGGACUUGGGCGGAGGAACUGCUCUGUCUGAAACACCAGAGAUGGACAGAGUCAAACGCAACCAACAAAACAUUAGCACGAUUCAAUAUAAGGAAGCACUGGGUCAGGGAACUUCCAUCCCAGAUCUGCCCGAAGUCAAGAGGGUCAAAGAGACACAGAAGAAUAUCAGCUUGAUUCAGUAUAAGGAAGCACUGGGUCAGGGCACAUCCAUCCCAGAUCUGCCCGAAGUCAAGAGGGUCAAAGAGACACAGAAGAAUAUCAGCUUGAUUCAAUAUAAGGAAGCACUGGGUCAGGGCACGUCCAUCCCAGAUCUGCCCGAAGUCAAGAGGGUCAAAGAGACACAGAAGAAUAUCAGCUUGAUUAAAUACAAGGAAGCAAUGGGUCAGGGCACUUCCAUCCCAGAUCUGCCCGAAGUCAAGAGGGUCAAAGAGACACAGAAGAAUAUCAGCUUGAUUCAAUAUAAGGAAGCAAUGGGUCAGGGCACAUCCAUCCCAGAUCUGCCCGAAGUCAAGAGGGUCAAAGAGACACAGAAGAAUAUCAGCUUGCACCAGUACAGAGAAGGUGUGGGACAAGGCACCUCAGUCCCAGAAACCCCUGAGAUGGAACGGGUCAAACGCAACCAGCAAAACAUAAGCACGAUCAAAUACAAGGAGAACGUGGGGCGGGGCAUAGCCAUCCCAGACCUGCCUGAAGUCAAGAGGGUCAAAGAGACUCAGAAGCACAUCAGCUCGGUUUUGUAUAAGGACAGUUCAGUCAAAGGGACUCCAGUCGUGUUCACUCCUGAGAUGGAGAGAGUCAAAAGGAACCAGGAAAACAUUAGCUCGGUUUUGUAUUCGGACAGUUUCCGUAAACAGAUCCAGGGUAAAGCUGCCUUUGUCCUGGACACUCCUGAGAUGAGACGUGUCAGAGAGACACAGCGCAUUAUUUCUGGAGUGAGGUACCACGAGGACUUUGAGAAGACCAAAGGCAGUUUCACCUCCACCGCAACGGACCCAGUGAUGGACCGCGUGAAGAAGAACACCCAGGACAUGAGUGAUGUGAGCUACAGGGGAAUACAGCGCCGUGUAGUGGAGAUGGAGAGGAGGCGCGCCAUUGAACAUGACCAGGAGACCAUCACCGAUCUGCGUGUGUGGCGCACAAACCCCGGGUCUGUGUUUGACUAUGACCCGGCUGAGGACAACAUCCAGUCCAGGAGUCUGCACAUGAUGUCAGUGCAAGCCCAGAGGCGCAGUAAGGAGCACUCUCGUUCCACCAGUGCUCUGAGUGGAAUGGCUGAUGAGAAAUCGGAGGUGUCCCAGGACCCAGACCACCACAUGUCACUGUACAGCAAUGGCUUCAUGACCUCCUCUGUCGGUUACCAACACGCCCGCACCGUGGAGCUGCAGCAGAGGUCUUCUUCUGUGGCCACUCAGCAGACCACUGUGUCCUCUGUGCCCUCCCACCCAUCCACCACCGGAAAAACGGUGCGUGCCAUGUACGACUACACUGCUGCCGAUAACGACGAGGUUUCCUUCAAAGACGGAGACGUGAUUGUGAAUGUUCAGUCCAUUGACGAGGGCUGGAUGUAUGGCACUGUGCAGAGGACCGGCAAAACUGGCAUGCUCCCUGCCAACUAUGUGGAAGCUGUUUAAACUAGAAGACCCCCCCCUGAACCACCCUGUGUACCCGGGUGCACUACAUCCACAUCCUGCUAACGUCCUCACCAACGUGGCUUUGUGCAAUGUGUAGCUUAGAUUAGCUUAGCACUAUUUUAAUGUUUGUUUUGUUUUGUCUAGGCAUCUGUGGAUGUUAUGACAUAUACACUUAUAUAAAUAUGGUAUAAAUAUACUACUAUGUCUACUCUUCUCACCGGCUUGAACCAAACACUAGAUUCAGUCCCAUUGUACAUUAAUUAUUGAUAUAUUUAAUAUAUGCAACACCAAAGGCCCUUAAAAUGUAAUGAAAAGAUGAAAUACUAUGAAACAAUGAGGAUUUAGGAGUUCAGAUUGAAUGAAGUGAAGCUAAGCCACAGUCUUCCCUCCUGAAGGCUUUGAUAAGACUAAAGUGUGUUUUUGAAUGUUUUGGUCGUGGUUUAGGCCCUGAUCUGUAGCUAAUAAAGCACACUACGCUCCUGCACUCCUCUGUCUUUUUAUUA